UUAUUGCUUGUCAAUUGUCAAUCGUUUGUGUAUUGUGUACAUUUAAUAUGUUAUUUAAAAUAUAAGUUAACUAAUAUUAUAAAGAAAUGUGUUAGAAAGUAAAAAAAAAACUGAAAAUGACUCUCUAUGAAGGAAUAGCUCUUAUUCAAGAAAAGCAAGCCGUUGUGUUGGAUUUGGGCGCCGACUAUACAAAGUUUGGAUUUACUGGUGAAGCUGCCCCGAGAUGUAUAAUCAAAUCAGAGUUUUGGUGUCCAAUGGAGAGGCAGUACAAACGAGUAUAUGACUACAAUACUACUGAAGAGCUCUAUGAUAAUCUAGUGCAGAUGCUGCACCUUCUGUAUUUCAGACAUGUGCUAGUGAAUCCAAAAGAGCGUAAAGUUGUGGUCAUAGAGUCACUGCUUACAACCACACAAUUCAGGGAGACGCUGGCUAAAGUUCUCUAUAUGCAUUAUGAGGUGUCAGGUGUUACAUGGUGGGACACGGGUAGGGCAUGUGCUGCAACACUGGGUGUGGGUACAGCACUGGUGGUUAGCAUAGGAGCACGAGAAGCUGAAGUUACGCCUGUGGUACAUGCUGCACCGCUAGUUCAUGCCAUUCAGGUGCCUCCACUAGGCAUGCAAGCUGUGAGGGUGCACCUUGCUGCUAUAUUGAAGGAGGAUAAUGAAACUGAGUUACAGCUUGAUGACAAUGUUCUGGAAGAUAUUCUAGUUCGCACCUGUUUCGUCCCAAGUCGCAAGCUAGCUAUACAGUUGGCUAGUGAGGGGUGUAAUGGUGUUCGUAGUGUCGUAUGCGGGGGGGCAGGCAUGUCUGUCCGCGUUACGGGUAGAGCAAGGGCUCUUGCCGCCGAACCUUUGUUUGAAAGAGAUCGUGACAUGGCAUCUCUACCGGAUGCAGUGCUGCAGUGUCUGACACAAUGUCCACGAGACACACGUCGUGUUCUGGCAGAGAAUAUAUUAAUAACGGGUGGUGGAGCGGCACUACCUGGCCUUAAGGCCCGUCUAGCACAUGAGCUGAGACAUUUAAUCACCGUGGAGCCAUAUAAAGACCAGCUUCACAUAAAAACAUUUAAGUUCCACUCGUCGCCAUGUGAAGAUAAUGUAUGUGCGUGGGUUGGAGGUGCAGUGUGUGGAGGGGCGGACGGUGGGGGCCGCGCCGAACCUCGAGACGUCUACCUACGAACGCGACGUCUACGUGAUUGGGCCUGUCUACUACACAACACUCCGCCUGACCAUCACCAUCACUGUCCAUGAAUUGUCUGAAACGCAUCUAAGAUCCAAGAAAGGAGCUUGUUCGAGUUGGCGAAAAUUAUAUCUUUGUCUACUUAGCUUUCGAUCCUAUUUACAAUGGCAGCGUCCUCGCUUGUAACUAUUUCUUUAAUAGCAUUGUGAUGUAUGUAUCAAUGCCUGUCAGACACUUAUAUUUUACUUUUAAUUUAUAAUAAAAUAUAUAUUUCAUAGCCAUCAAAGAUGAU